GCUACUUUCCUCUGCUGCUUUUAGGGAAGAAAAACAAAAGAAGCUACACAGCCCAAGUGUUCGGCAGCAUGCAGAUGCAGCUGGAUCCAUCCUUACAAGAGGACUUGCAGUCUGUCUAUGCCAAAAUCCUAAAAUUGCACUUUAAAAGGUUUCCCCAGCCAACUGAAAAUGGAACCCAAAGUGGUGAUGGAGUAGGGAUGGAGGGGGAGCAGGGAAUGGUUCCUGAAGAAGGAGCAGACAUAGAGUUUGUGGUGCCUGACAUCCCGUAUGAGGACGGGAAUUACGAUGUAGUGGGACAGGAUGACCAAGGAACCCAAAGUGGUGAUGGAGUAGGGAUGGAGAGGGAGCAGGGAAUGGUUCCUGAAGAAGGAGCAGGAACCCAAAGCAGUGAUGUGGUAGGGAUGGAGAGGGAGCAGGAAGGGAGAAAGGAAAACAAGGAUGAAAAGAUGGUGAAAAGUAGGAGAAAAAGAAAACAUCAGACAGGUGGAAGGUGUGAAGAUUGUGCUGACAGAGCCGCUUCUGGGUCCUAUCUUUAUUCGAAAAUUAUUAAAAGGACAAAAGACCAGGUUCUUCUUCAGUGGCUUCCUUGCAAGAAAUGUGGUAUAAAGUGGAAGAACACCUGGGAGCCCCUCUCCUACGUUGCUGCUCGUGGGUCAGCUACUGAGCAUUCCAGGAUCCCUGCAGGAGGAGAUUGAGGGGAAGGGAAAUUUAACUGGCCUCAUCACAUAAUAAAAUCUAUAAAAACAAACUGUUCAAAAUGUUGUGUUGAGCUUGUGAUCUUGUUGCAAUCUGUAAUGUCUCAGCAAAGUGUGGUGAUAGUUUUACAUAGCCUAUUUAAUGUUUGAGAGUACACAGGUGUGCUGUAUUGAGUGGCUUAUGUGUUCUAUAUAUAUCUAUGGG